CCUACCCCACACUUCUCUUCUCAUCACACUAUAUAAACACAUCAAAAUGAACACAACAUUAUCAUCCAUCCAAACUUUGGUUUUCUCCUUAUAGUCCCCAAGAUUCUUUUUCUUUAUAUAUUUCUCAAUCCAGGACAUUUUAUAGUGAGAAGCACACAUGUCUCCAGCAAUGGUGGUAGGAAGUGGUGAGAAGGGUGAGAGUGAUACACCAGGAAAUCAAUAUCAGAAAGGAGUGAAACAGCUUGUUGAGAAUGGCCUUCACACAAUACCUAAAAAGUACAUACUUCCUCCUUCUGAUCGACCAGCUACAAAUUCAGAAAAUUCAAAUGUUGCCAAGCAAAACCUUCAGCUACCCAUCAUUGAUUUUUCUGAAUUGAUUGGUCCAAGAAGGCCCCAAGUCCUUCAAUCUCUAGCCAAUGCUUGUGAACGCUACGGAUUUUUUCAGCUGGUAAACCAUGGCAUAUCAGAUGAUGUUAUAAGCAGCAUGAGGGAUGUGAGUGGCAGGUUCUUCGAUCUUCCUUUUGAGGAAAGAGCCAAACACAUGACAACUGAUAUGCAUGCACCGGUUAGAUAUGGAACAAGCUUCAGCCAAACCAAAGAUACUGUGUUCUGUUGGAGGGACUUCUUGAAACUCCUCUGCCAUCCCUUGCCUGAUUUCCUCCCUCAUUGGCCUGCUUCCCCCUUAGACUUUAGGAAAGUGGUGGCUACCUACUCAGAAGAAACAAAAUACUUAUUUCUGAUGUUGAUGGAAGCUAUCCAAGAGAGCCUAGGAAUCAAAGUAGAAGUCAAGAAGCAAGAAGAGGAGACAGAAGGAAAUGACAAUAAUAUUCUGAAGGACUUGGAAGAUGGGAGCCAGAUGAUGGUGGUCAAUUUCUACCCACCAUGCCCUGAACCAGACCUAACCUUGGGGAUGCCCCCUCAUUCUGAUUAUGGAUUCCUCACACUCCUCCUCCAAGACCAGGUGGAGGGUUUGCAAAUCCAAUUCCAAGGUCAAUGGCUCACUGUCAAACCUAUCAAUAACGCUUUCGUUGUCAAUGUUGGUGAUCACCUAGAGAUAUACAGCAACGGGAAAUACAAGAGCGUGUUACAUAGGGUUAUUGUUAAUGCAAUGAAGAAAAGGACAUCUGUGGCUUCGCUGCAUAGCCUUCCUUUCAACUGCACCGUAAGACCGUCACCCAAACUCAUUGACGAAGCCAACCCCAAACGUUACGCAGACACGAAUUUUGAUACUUUUCUUGCAUACGUUUCCACCAGAGAGCCAAAGAGAAAGGAAUUCCUGGACUCUAGGAAAUUGUCUUCUACAUGACUAGAAGUCUAGAAGAAGAAAAAUAAAUGAAUUUUUUUUUCAUCCAAUGCAAAAAAUUAUAUAAAUUGAAGUGAAGUGUCAUGACCUACAAUAAUUUUGGGUGAACUCAGAUAUUCUGUGGUCGAGAGUAAAAGACUGAUCUCUUAGGAUAUUGAUCUGACACACAAUAAUUAAUUGAUUAUUAGGGGAAAAUUAUGUGUGUAACAUAUAUAUUAUUAAUCUUGAUUUGGUUGGACCACUUAGAUUGUCACUGAUCCUAGACUUGCAGUCUCGCCCUGUUUUUCUGUAUUAUUAUUAACUUGUUAUUAUUAUAUGUAAUAUGUUUGUA